AUGCCCACCGUGGACGAUGUCUUAGAGCAGGUUGGGGAGUUUGGCUGGUACCAGAAGCGAGUCUUCCUCACACUAUGCCUCACCUCGGCGGCCUUAGCCCCCACCUACCUGGGCAUCGUCUUCUUGGGCUUCAGCCCCCCCCACCACUGCCGGAGCCCCGGGGUGUCUGAGCUGAGCCAGCGAUGCGGCUGGAGCCCAGCGGAGGAGCUAAACUAUACCGUGCCAGGUCUGGGGGCUGCGGAUGAGGCCUUCCUCCGCCAGUGCAUGCAGUAUGAGGUGGAUUGGAAUCAGAGCACCCUCGGCUGCGUGGACCCUCUGGCCAGCCUGGCUGCCAACAGGAGCCACCUGCCACUUGUCCCCUGUCAGCAUGGCUGGGUGUACGACACUCCUGGCUCCUCCAUCGUCACUGAGUUUAACCUGGUGUGUGCCAACGCCUGGAAGGUGGACCUCUUUCAGUCCUGCGUGAACCUGGGCUUCUUCCUUGGGUCCCUGGGCAUCGGCUACAUCGCAGACAGGUUUGGCCGUAAGCUGUGUCUCCUGGCGACCUCGCUGGUCAUGGCCGUGUCCGGUGUGCUGACAGCCGUGUCCCCAGACUACACGUCCAUGCUGCUCUUUCGCCUGCUGCAGGGGAUGGUCAGCAAGGGCACCUGGAUGUCUGGCUACACCCUGAUCACAGAGUGUGUCGGCUCAGGCUACAGAAGGACAGUGGCGAUCCUGUACCAGAUGGCCUUCACCGUGGGGCUGUUGGGGCUCUCUUGGCUGGCCUAUGCCAUUCCCCACUGGCGCUGGCUCCAGCUGGCCGUGUCCCUGCCCACCUUCUUCUUCCUGCUCUACUACUGGUGUGUGCCGGAGUCGCCCCGAUGGCUGCUGUCACAGAAGAGAAACACUCAAGCAAUAAAGAUAAUGAACCACAUCGCCCGGAAGAAUGGGAAAUCGCCUCCUGCUGACCUACAGAUCCUCUCUCUGGAAGAGGACGACACCGAAAAGCAGAGCCCUUCCAUUAUAGACCUGUUCCGCACGCCCAACCUGAGGAAGCACACCUGCAUCCUGAUGUACAUAUGGUUCUCCUGCGCUGUGGUCUACCAGGGCCUGGUCAUGCACAUGGGGGCCACCAGCAGGAACCUCUACCUAGACUUCUUCUUCUCCGCGCUGGUUGAACUCCCUGCGGCUCUCAUCAUCCUCGUCACCAUUGACCGUGCUGGCCGCAUCUACCCGUUAGCCUUGUCCAGUCUGGUGGCCGGGGCAGCCUGCUUGGUCAUGCUGUUUAUCUCACAAGACCAGCACUGGCUGAAUAUCGUGGUGGCUUGCCUGGGCCGAAUGGGGAUCACCAUUGUGCUGCAGAUGAUCUGUCUGGUCAACACGGAGCUGUACCCCACCUUCAUCAGGAACCUUGGGGUGAUGGUGUGCUCCGCCCUGUGUGACGUGGGUGGGAUCUUCACCCCCUUCAUGGUCUUCAGGCUGAUGGAGAUUUGGCAAGCCCUGCCCCUUGUUCUGUUUGGGGUGUUGGGCCUGACGGCCGGAGGCGUGACGCUGCUUCUUCCUGAGACCAAGGGCGUUGCUUUGCCUGAGACCAUCCAAGAUGCUGAGAACCUCCAGAGGAAAGCGAAGCCCAAAGAAAACACAAUUUACCUUCAGGUCCAAGCGUCGGAACUCAAGGGCACCUGA